AUGAACACCAAUAACAAACUCUGAAACAAGACUAUUCCAUUGGAAUGGUGGUUACGCCCGACAACUUCCGCAAUAGUCGCUCUUUCCGGGACUCUCUGUAUGAGAAAGGAUGGCUCAGAACAAUUAUUUUGGUUUUACACACGGAGGAACGCAAUAUGGAGCUACUAGUGCUGCUGCAUAUCAAACAGGACAAGCAGGAUAUGCUGUGACUCCAGCAGCAACUGCUGCUACUUACACUCAAAGACCUGCUGCUGCGGCUGCUACUGGAUACGAAACUUACCAGGCAGCUGCUGCUGCAGCCGCUACAGGCACUACAUACGCUGGUGCUGUGCCGCAGACAUACGAUUACGGGUACGGACGUGCAGCUCCAGCACCAACUUACGACGCAACAAAAACUUAUUAUCAACAACCAGCAGCCGCAGCAGCCGCUGCUACUUAUACCACUACUGAAACUCAUUAUCAAGCAGCUAAACCUGCUUAUAGCACUACUAGUGCUUACACGGGUACAGCAAGACAAGCUACAACGACUGGUCAAGCUAAAACUUACCAAGCAUCAAGUACUGCUUAUCAACAAUCAAAUCCUACUCAAAGUGCUACUUAUUCCUCGGGAUAUACUGCUCCUGCUACUCCUGCUGCCACUCCUGCAGCUGCAACAAAUAAAACGGCGAGUACAACGUAUUCCGGCUACGACGCAGCGCUAUAUAGCGCUGCGACUAUGUACGUAGCCCAACAAAGUGCAAACAGCAACUCGACUAACCAGAAGACUGGAGGUUGGCAGGGAUACGGACGAAAGGGAUUUGGAGCUGGUGGUGGUGGAAUGAAAAGUAUGAGAGCAAAACCUCCACCAAAACCUCAACAACUUCAUUAUUGUGAUGUCUGCAAAAUCAGUUGUGCUGGUCCCCAAACUUAUCGAGAGCAUCUUGAAGGUCAAAAACACAAGAAGAAGGAAGCUUCUUUGAAGGUACCUCAACAACCACCAGCACGUGGUGCUGGUAAUUCACUGCGUUGUGAACUAUGUGAUGUUACUUGUACUGGAAAUGAUGCUUAUGCUGCUCACAUUCGUGGUGCCAAGCAUCAGAAGGUUGUUAAACUUCAUACGAAACUUGGCAAACCAAUUCCAAGUGCUGAUCCUACUGUUUUAAAUCCUAAACCUGCAGCUGCUGCCAAAACAACUGCGGCUAAAAAACCUACUGUUACUGCUACACCAAAAAUUAAUUUUGUUGCUUCGGGUAAUCUGGGAACUGUGAAUCAAAAUACGACAGAAGUGAAAGCUGAAGAAACAACGACAGAAGAAGUCCAAGAAGAAGUAACACCUGAAGAGAAAGAUAUUCAACCAGUGGGACAAGAAUACAUCGAAGAAAAUAAAUCAGAAGAUGGGAAAAUAAUUAGUUUCAAUUGUAAAUUAUGUGAAUGUCGUUUCAACGAUCCAAAUGCCAAAGAUAUGCAUAUGAAAGGUCGUAGACAUCGAUUUGCUUAUAAGAAGAAGGUGAAUCCAGAUUUAGUGGUGGAUAUUAAACCAAGUUUGAAACAACGAAAAAUGAUGGAAGAGAAACAUCGUCGUCAACAAGCACGUGAGGAGUUUUCUCGACGUCGAGAAGAAAUGAAUCAAAUGGGUCCAAUGGGUAUGUUAGGUCCAAUGAUGGAUGAAGAAAUGAUGUAUUGGGAAGAACGACGAAGAUAUGAGGAGGAAAUAGAGUAUUAUGAAUGGUAUAGACGUUGUGGAAGAGGGCCUGGUGCUCCACCAAUGCCACGACCAUUCCCUGGACCUCCAGGAAUUAUGUUCCCUGUUGUUCCUAGAAGAUCAGAUUCGUCUGAUGAUAAACAUGUUGAUGCUCAUCACUCAACUAUUUAUCCAAAAGAAGAAGAACUUCAAGCUGUUAAAAAAAUUGUCUCUCACACUGAAAAAGCAUUGAAAUUCGUUUCUGAUGCUUUGGCUGAAGCAAAUAAAAAAGCUGCACAACCAUUACCUACAUCAACUACAACAAAUUCUCCAUCGGCUUCUAAUACUUCAACUAGUACAACUACAACGACAACCACAACAACAACAACAACUAUUUUAAAUACAGAUUCUGUUAAGAAAGAAGAAGGUACUGAUAAGAAAAAACCUAUUAAUCCACCACAAAAAGAGGAUGGUAGUGAUGGAAAUUUAUUCUCAUUCCAAAAAGAAAAAGAAGAUUCAAGAAUUCUACGUGGAGUGAUGCGUGUUGGUAAUUUAGCUAAAGGAUUACUUUUAUCUGGUGAUAAUCACGUUUGUUUAGUGGUCUUAUGUGCUGAAAAGCCUACAAAGACAUUAUUAAACAAAGUUGCGGAAAUUUUACCAGCUCAAUUAAAAAUAGUUGCUCCAGAAGAAACAUAUAAUGUUGGAAAACAUCCAGAAUCAGCAGCUUUGACUGUUUCUGGUGGAACUGUAACAGUCAGUGUGACUUUGACAAGUCCUUUGAUGCGUGAAACAACAAAAUCAACAGCUGCUGCAGAUAAUGCUGGACAGCAGCAGGGAGCUGCUCAACCGCAAACGACGCCCGCGACGCCAGCAGUGACGAAACCAGACCCACCAGAUGUACUUCCCAAGGCUAAGUGUUUGGAGGCUUUAGCUGCACUCAGGCAUGCCAAGUGGUUUCAGGCUAGAGCAUCUUCUCUCCAGAACUGUGUUAUUAUUAUCCGCAUAAUGCGUGAUCUCUGUAAUCGCGUGCCUACAUGGGGACCAUUAAAUCCUUGGGCAUUGGAAUUGCUUACUGAAAAGGUGAUAAGUACGGCAGGAUGUCCAUUAAGUCUUGGAGAAGCUUUAAGAAGGUUACUAGAAUGUGUCGCUGGAGGUAUUUUACUUCCUGGAAGUCCAGGAAUUGCUGAUCCUUGUGAAAAAGAGCCAGUAGAUGCAAUAGGUAAUAUGACUGCUCAACAGAGAGAAGAUAUAACUGCUUCUGCUCAACAUGCAUUACGUCUAGUCGCUUUUAGACAAAUUCAUAAAGUAUUGGGUAUGGAACAAUUACCACCACCUAAACAUAAAGGACGUUUUCCAAGGAAACGAAGACGUGAUAAUAGUAAUGGUGAAGGUACUGAUUGUGAAGCAUCAAAAAAGGAUAAAAAAGCUGAAGAAAAAAUGGAAACAGACUCAAAAUAAAAUGUCAACAUCUAAAAUAUUUGUUUGCACGAUUAUAAAAG